AUGGAAAGAAAACGUAUAGCAGUUGUUGGUAGCGUCAUCUCCGGUAUCAGCGCGCUUUGGACGCUCCGCAAUGCAGGACACGAAACACCCGUUGAUAUCGGAUUCAUUGUGCUCAACGCAGCGACUUACCCAAAUCUCAUUCAAUUCCUCAAGGCUCUAAAUGCCAGGACCGAUUCAUCAGAGAUGACAUUUGCCAUUUCGCGAGACGCAGGCGCAUUCGAAUGGUCUGGCACGUCCCUAGGCGCGUUCUUCGCCCAGUCCUCCAACAUCUUCAAGCCUUCCUUCUGGCGCAUGAUCUUUGACACUGUCCGAUUCAACCAGUUUGCCCUGGACCUACUAAACGGCUACUCAGACGCAUUCCGGGAUAACUACUUGAUCCCAAUGACGGCUUGUAUUUGGAGUACGGGAGCCGACAAGUGCGCUUUGGAGUUCCCAGCGCUUACGCUCGUGAGGUUCAUGUGGAACCACCACCUGCUGGCGACAGUGAGCGAGCGCCCGCCGUGGCUAACAGUGCAUCGCGGAGCGAAGCACUACAUCGACGCCGUCAUGAAAGAAUGCAAAAAUCUACAACUGCACCUAAGCACACCCGUUAAAUCGGUACAACGAAAGGACGACCGUGUCCGCCUGACCCUCGGCGGCCCAAGCAUCACCACAGAAGAAAUAUUCGACUCAGUAAUCCUCGCGUGCCACGGCGACCAAGCACGCACCCUCCUCAGCCCCUUCGCCACCCUCGAAGAACCCGCCAUCCUCAACGCCUUCCAAACCACCCCCAACAUCGCAUACCUGCACUCGGACCUGUCUUUUGUGCCGCAACGCCGCGCCGCAUGGUCCGCCUGGAACUACCUCACCACCACCUCGCCCUCACACGCCAACCCCUCGGGCACCCUCCAGACAGUCAGCUUGACGUACAAUAUGAACAUCCUCCAACACAUCCCUGUUGAGAAUUCGAGUACCGCCAUCUGCUUUACAAAUUCCCGCAUGAUCGCUGCCCAAGAGCGACUCCACACAAUCCAGGGGAGGAACGGCGUCUGGUUCGCGGGCGCCUGGACGGGGUACGGGUUCCACGAGGAUGGUUUCAGUAGUGGGAUGAGAGUCGGUUUGGAGUUGGGUGGCGGUGUGCCGUGGGAGGUUAAGGAUGCGAAGUUUGGUAGGGGUCUGAAACCAGAGCUCGAUUGGAAAGAUUGGGUCGUCAGGGCUGUGGCGGUAUUCGUGCAGUUGUGGAUCACGGUGUUGGAACGUGUGCUGGGCAUCAAAAGGCAAAGUAUGGCGAAUGUUGGGAAUGGGACGGUUAACGGCAAGGCAAAGGCUACAUAA